UCCUCCCCCCUCCUCGCGCUGCUAGGUGCGCGCCAGCCUCGCGAUAGCCUCGCCUACCAGAAUCAAAGCUGCGCUCGCGAACUGGAUGCUGACAGGCGCGCGGUGCGGUCAUCAUGCAAAGGUUACCGAGGAUCCGUUUCAGCGAGAGUCUGAGGAAGAAGAAGCCGCUCCUCCGCAGGACCCGCACGGCUCACAACAUGCCAGACGUCUAGCAGCAGCGACGGGAAGAGAGACAUUACAACAGCGGACUAACUCGGCCCUGUUUUGGCGACAGCAGGUGUCAAAACGAUGGACGCGAGUUCGGGAUUUCCGGCAGUGUGUACGCUGGCUCCUCUCGGCGGUAAAGUGGCUUCAUGAGUGUCCAAAGUAACAGUGGAAGUGGUGGUGGAAGUUUGGAGGCGACGCCAUCUUGGUCGCAGCUCUCCUCGUCCCCAACGAUUUCUCAACAACAUAUAACGGCGACCGCAAAGAGCAAGGAAGGCCCCAUGGAGGAGCUGCACAGCCUCGACCCCAGGAGACAGGAGCUGCUGGAGGCCAGGUUCACAGGAGCUGUCAGUGGCAACACAGGAGGCAGCACUGGGAGCACCAGUGGAGGUGCUAAGGGCCUGGCCAACGAGUCCUCUAACCACAGCUAUGGAAGUCUGGGUUCAUCCAGUGACAAGGAGUCGGAGAACUCUGAUUUGAAAAGAGGGAGCUCCCCUGCCUACUCAACCCCGGAGAAGAAGCACUCCGAAUCGUCCAGAGGGAGGAAAAGGAAAGCUGAUACUUAUUCAGAGAGUAGUCAAGGAAAGACCUCCACACGUGGGCCCAAGAUCAGCGACUACUUUGAUUUCCAGGGUGGAAAUGGUUCCAGUCCAGUCAGAGGCCUCCCGUCAGCUCGCCGCUCGCCACAGAACUCGCACUCUGCACCGGGCUCAAUCAUCCGGCAGAACAGCUCCUCUCCCACCAGUCUGUGUUUCGGGGAACACAACCCCAAAGCUUCCUCAAGCAAAUGCAUCCAGACGGAAUUGACAGGCCUGAAACUCGCUGCCCUGGAGAGCAACAAGAGCCUGGACCUGGAGAAGAAAGAAGGACGGAUAGAUGACCUGCUCAGGGCUAACUGUGACCUGCGGAGACAGAUCGACGAACAGCAGAAACUCCUGGAGAAAUACAAGGAGAGGCUCAACAAGUGCAUCACCAUGAGCAAGAAACUGCUCAUAGAGAAGAGCACCCAGGAGAAGCAGUCAUGUCGCGAGAAGAGCAUGCAGGAUCGCCUCCGUCUCGGUCACUUCACCACCGUCAGACACGGGGCGUCCUACACGGAGCAGUGGACUGACGGAUAUGCAUUCCAAAACCUGAUCAAGCAGCAGGAGGGCAUCAACCAGCAGAGGGAGGACAUUGAGCGGCAGAGGAAGCUGUUAGCCAAGAGGAAGCCUCCGAACCCCGCGUCUCCCUCCCUGUCUGUGGCCUCCACAUCUGAACCCAAGCAGCGCAAAACGAAGGUGGUGAACGGCAACGACUCCGACCCCUUCCUCAAGCCGUCCCUGCCCCAGCUACUGACCCUCGCUGAGUACCACGAGCAGGAGGAAAUCUUCAAGCUUCGCCUUGGACAUCUGAAGAAGGAGGAAGCUGAGAUUCAAGCAGAGCUGGAGCGGCUGGAGCGGGUGAGGAACCUUCAUAUCAGAGAGCUCAAGAGGAUAAACAACGAAGAUAGCUCAGCAUUUAAAGACCAUCCUACUUUAAACGAGAGGUACCUGCUGCUGCACUUGCUGGGCAGGGGCGGCUUCAGUGAAGUCUAUAAGGCUUUUGACCUGUUUGAGCAGCGCUACGCAGCUGUUAAAAUCCACCAGCUCAACAAAAACUGGAGAGAGGAGAAGAAGGAGAACUACCACAAACAUGCAUGCAGGGAGUACCGGAUACACAAGCAGCUGGACCAUCCCAGAAUAGUCAAGCUCUACGACUAUUUCUCCCUGGAUACUGACACGUUUUGUACAGUGUUGGAGUUCUGUGAAGGAAAUGACCUGGACUUCUACCUGAAGCAAAACAAGCUGAUGUCAGAGAAAGAGGCCCGCUCCAUUGUCAUGCAGAUAGUCAGCGCCCUGCGCUACCUCAAUGAAAUCAAACCCCCCAUCAUCCACUACGACCUCAAACCCGGUAACAUCUUACUGGUGGAUGGGACUGCAUGUGGAGAAAUCAAAAUCACAGACUUUGGCCUGUCCAAGAUAAUGGACGACGACAACUACGGUGUGGACGGGAUGGACCUCACAUCACAGGGAGCGGGUACCUACUGGUACCUCCCUCCAGAGUGUUUUGUGGUUGGAAAGGAACCGCCUAAGAUCUCCAACAAGGUGGACGUCUGGUCUGUGGGAGUGAUCUUCUUCCAGUGCCUCUAUGGACGCAAGCCGUUUGGUCACAAUCAGUCACAGCAGGACAUCCUCCAGGAAAACACCAUCCUCAAAGCCACAGAGGUCCAGUUUCCAGCUAAACCACAGGCCAGCACAGAGGCCAAGGCGUUCAUCCGGCGCUGUCUGGCCUACCGCAAGGAGGACAGGUUCGAUGUUCACCAGCUGUGCUCGGACUCCUACCUCCUCCCUCACAUGAGACGCUCCAACUCCUCCGGCUCCCUGCAGCCCUCCGCCUCGUCGCUGCCCACCUACUGACUGAUGGGACCCUCUGGCCGAUCUCAAGGCAGGAUUGUUGAAAUCGGAGGAUGAUAGACGUGGAUCUUUUUUUUUUUUUUGUUUCCUAAAAUGGAUAAAUUAGCAACGGAAGAGAGUAAAACGGAAAUAUGAGGUGGAAAAUGGAGAAGGAGUGGAAGGAGGAUGCUCCCGCUGUGCUGUACAGAGUCGUGCCCUUGAACUCAACCGUACGAGAGAGGGGACAGAAUAUAAAAUGAAAGACUGGAAAAUAGAAAGGAGGAGGCAGAGAUAAGAGGACGGCGCAGCACUGUCGGGAGAAUGAUGAUGUUUAUGGACUUAAUUAACCCCUUAGGAGACAUUACAGCAGUAUAGGACCUCCUAGAUGUCCAAGCCCACCUCUCGUAGCUCUUCAUACAUCUACAUGUACACGUACGUCAUUAGACACCUUUUUAUGGGAAGGUGAGUUGUGUCAACAUAACGCUGCUGUUGCAGUCUUGUCGCCGAUGAGGGCGGCGGACAGAAGAAGACGGGGGUUAACCGAUGACUGUUUGUACAUCAAAUAUGGACUACCUGCGAUUCAUUUUAACGAGGCACAAAAAGAUGGCUGCAUCUCAUUCAGUUUGCCCUUGCAGCCCUUCUGCAGGAGUUAACUUAAAAGUAAUGACAGACAAAAAAAAAAGAAAAAAAAAAAGUUCCAGAUGAUACUUCUGGGGUCGAUUUGCACUUCCGAUUCGGAUCGCGUUCACGCGGUCCCACAUUUGGCAUGAAGCAUCACAGCGUGGGCUCGACUUAUCCACAGUCAAAUCCUCCGUUCAGAUUAUUAUUUUUUUUGUUGUGUUGCAAAGCAAUUCAGGUCUGCAGAGGGCGGACCUGCUCAUCUGUCUUAAUCCACUCUUCAAGUUGGAGAAGGUGUGAAUGUCGCAGCACCGUGUUGUCGUCGUCGACGUCUCCAUCAACCUGCCUGCAGAGACUUUUAUCGGAGGCUGUUACUGUAACGGGGCACAGGAUGAUUCAUUGUACAUUUCAUGUGCAGGAGACAUUACUCACUAGCAAAUAUAUAAUAACGAGGCUUUUCCUUGCUUCCCAGUGUCUCAGUUUUGCUCUGUUUAUUUGUGUUUCCCCCCCUCCCCUCCCUCCUGAAAGCUGUUCUCAGUUUGCUGCUAUAAAUGUUGCUUUUAGUUUGUAACAUGUGAAUGAAUUUCACUGCGCAUAUGUGCAUACUUGAACUGUGUUAAGACGAGCCUCUUUUUCUGAAACAGACGCCUGCUGUGCUGUUCGAGGGAAUGCAACACAUUUUCUUCUGCCACCAACAUCAAACGUCUUUGUGGUUUUUUUUGUUGUUUUAUUUUUUUUUUCAUGUAAAAGUCCAGCAAACAUUACGUGGAGCCGAGCGCCGCCGCCGCCGCGUGCUGAGGAACGGUCGCACCUGUUCACGCCAGCAGAAGCGGGCGCGCGCCACGUUGGCCGAGCUGCAGCGCGACUUCCUGCAGCUAGAAGUUAAAGUGGAAUAUAAUCCAAAUGUUGUCAUCCUGUAAAUAAAACACUUACCUGUAUGUUGUUGUGACAUUUUAAGUCCUCUCAGAUGGAGGCAACCUGGAAUCUGGCCAAAGCUCGCCCGUGGCAAGAAACAGAAAUAUUCUUGGGUGAGAAAUCCGAUAAAAAAAGCAAGUGGGAGCAGUUAAUAGCAAGUUGUGGGCGUCUCAUCUUCCCUUUUGCGCUCUCGCCUGCUUAGAAAAUAAGCCUUAAUCGAUUUUUUUUCCUUUUUUUUUUACAUGCCAAUCGUUAGAUGAAGGAAAAAACUAGUUUGAGCAACACGAGGGAGCUUUAAACUGCAGCUCACACCAGCUUGUUGCAGUGCAGCGGAACAUGUGAAGUUUGUCCUGUUUGAUAAAGUGAACUUUUAUUUACUUGGGUGCGCCAAGGCAUAAAAAACAAACAUCCCCUCCUGUCUGAUUCCCUCUCCCCCUUCCUUCUCCUCCACUUGACAAACCAGUAGAAGAUGGGUGCUAGCGUCAAGUGCGUGUAGCACAUGAUCAACUGUGUGUAGACAGAUGUAAGUACAGCCAUUAGCGAGGCACAUGUCAGAUCACGUUAGCGACGGGGCUGCAAUGCCAGGCAAUGUCAUUCACAUGCAAUAAAGAUUGCCUUACAAGAAUUAA